GGGCACAUCGGAGUUCACCACCCUCGCGAAAUGUUUAGAAUAGAACGAGAUUAUAGCGGGGGCGAGUUGCCACAAUUCACAGCCGUAUACCCUCUUGAGCUCGAGGGCCGAGUGCGUUCUUCACGUCUAUCCUUGUUUCUUAAUCAGCUGAUUUGCGAUAGAUAA